CUUUCCACCCAUUCAUUGCCUUUCUUUGUUUGCUUCUCAUCCGACUCCUACCAACAACCCUCCUUUCUCGACACCGACCGGCCCAUAAUCUCCGCCUACCUACGAGCACCGUUGAGCAAGUCCGCCUCCUCGAAAGCGAACGCCUGAUGAACCGACCGACGACGGCAUAACAUAGAAAGAGGACGCGGUGUACAUAUCUUGGAUACUUGCAGAGCACCUUUCUUUGACUCCUGCUGUUCUUGGAAGCACAUCUGUAUUGUCUUCCCUUGCUUUUGUUCACCGACCUUCGCUGUGUGCCAGAACAUAAUUGGAGACAUCCACCACGCUAUCUUGCAAGUCUGUGCACCACCUCGCAACUACCAUUAUUCCCCAACGUCGGUGUCCGGUCUGUGUAGAACCGGACCUCCAAUACCGUCACCACGGCCGUACUAUCAGCAAACCCGCGGGACAGCCUUGUGCUCCCGCCUCACAUGCUUGGCAUGCACAACGGCGACACCAUGUCAUCUGGACCAAGCUUAGGGCAUCGCCAGACUCAGUCUUUCGCAGUGAAAUCGUCCAUGAGCCCCGAAAAUAACGCGGCACCAAAUGGAUCAAUCCAUCAAGCCCAACCGUCAUUGGGUGGCUAUGGCGAGAGACACCCGAACAGAAACAGUGUGCAACCCAUCAACACCGGUCGCAUGGCGAGCAGCAAUGUCACCGCCACCGAUAUGCAGACUCCGCAGACUGGCUACGAUAUGAACUUCACGCCUCUACUACCAAGCAACUUAUUGAUCGGAAGCCCCUUUCAGCCCGGUUCGCCGUCUACCUUUCAGUCCCCGCAGUUCCAGCCUUUCCCACAGCAGCACGCUGGUCAGCGUCAACAGCAGAACCAGAUGAACAAUGCCUACCAUCAACAACAAGCCAUCCUGUCUCCGACUGCCUAUCAAUCGAUGACUUCUCCAACUGCACUCCAUGCUUCGUCCUACUUCGCUGGCAUCCAGUCUCCAACAACCGGCUUCAAUGCCUUGACCAGCGGUGCCAUGGGCGCAUAUGGCCCGAUGCACAUGGCUCCAGGGCUCGUGCCAGGAACGAGUCGUACUGUCUAUCUGGGUAAUAUUCCCCCGGAUACCUCGGCCGAGGAGAUCUUGGGCCAUGUUCGAAGUGGCCAGAUCGAGUCUGUUCGCCUGUUGCCAGACAAGAACUGCGCCUUCAUUUCUUUCCUCGAUGCUAGCUCUGCGACACACUUUCAUUCCGAUGCAAUCCUCAAGAAACUCUCCAUCAAAUCCCAGGACAUCAAGAUUGGUUGGGGCAAGCCUUCCUCGGUGCCAACCUCGGUCGCUCUAGCUGUUCAGCAGUCUGGCGCGUCGAGGAAUGUCUAUCUGGGCAAUCUUCAGGAAGACAUUACCGAAGAGGAGCUGCGAGAAGAUCUCAGCAAAUUUGGUCCAAUCGACACCGUGAAGAUCGUCAAGGAGAAAGCGAUUGGUUUUGUACAUUUCCUGUCCAUUGGCAAUGCUAUCAAAGCCGUCACUCAGCUUCCCCAGGAGCCAAAAUGGCAGGCGCCUCGCCGUGUGUAUUACGGAAAGGAUCGCUGUGCGUACGUUUCGAAGACUCAGCAGCAGAAUGCGGCGCAAUAUCUCGGUAUCGCGCCUGGCUAUGCGCAUGUCUUGAACGGCGCAGACCGCGAUCUCAUUACCAAUGCUCUGGCUCAACAAUCUGUCGCUGCAGCUGCGGUUGCAACGACCGCAGGAGGCGUCAACAAUCUGGGCAACCGAACGGUGUAUCUGGGUAACAUUCACCCGGAGACCACGAUCGAAGAAAUAUGCAAUGUCGUGCGAGGUGGUCUGCUGCACCACAUUCGAUACAUUCCAGACAAGCAUAUCUGCUUCGUGACUUUCAUCGACCCGACUUCUGCGGCAUCCUUCUACGCACUCAGCAAUCUCCAGGGUCUCAUGAUCCACAACAGAAGACUCAAGAUCGGCUGGGGCAAGCACUCGGGAGCAUUGCCCCCUGCGAUUGCUCUGGCUGUCUCGGGCGGUGCAUCGCGAAAUGUGUACAUUGGCAACUUGGACGAGACUUGGACGGAAGAUCGCUUGAGGCAGGACUUCCAGGAAUACGGAGAGAUUGAGCUGGUCAACACCUUGCGCGAGAAGAGCUGUGCUUUCGUCAAUUUCACCAACAUCGCAAACGCAAUCAAGGCCAUCGAGGCAGUGCGAGGCAAAGAGGAGUAUAAGCGGUUCAAAGUCAACUUUGGCAAGGACCGUUGUGGAAACCCACCGAGACAAAUCAUCAACAGCCAGACGAUACAGCAGCAAGCACAGCAGCAGCAGCAGCAGCAGCAGGCAAGCGAAAGCUCGCAAUCUCCAAUCAAUGGUCUGGCACCAAACCGAGCCCAAAACUCCAUUUCCCCCGCCAGCUCCGGGCCAUCGAAUGGCACUUUCAACCCAUUGAACGGUCCAACCGCUUCCACCAUCUUCAACACCGGCAACAACAAUCCCCUCACCCUCUACCUCGCAGCAACACAACAAAGCGCUCAAGUCGCAGCAGAACAGCAAGCGCAACAGGCCGCCCAGCUCCAACGCAACCUAAGCCCCGUCAACGACUACGGCCUCUCAGUAAACACCUACCAACAAUCCCAACCAACCUCCGCCUCCCACCUCUCAAGCCAACAAGCCUUCUACUCCUCCCCCAACGAAGUCGCCGCAACCCGCUCCGCCGGUCUCGAACCCCCUUCAAACCAUUUCGGCCACGGAAGCCAUCAAAGCGUCAACAUCUCCAACGGCGCCAUGCAGGCUCUAAACUCUUACUCCAACCACGCGAGUCAAACUUCUAGCAGAAGCGCACAUAACCGUGCGGUCAGCCUACCGGCUUUCUCUCUCCAACAAGCUCAGCAGAGUCAGGCUCAACAGAGCGGCUUGUAUGGGCUGGGAAGCGGUUUGUCGCCUGCUGGGGGUUAUGGACUGGGGGUUUCGGAAGGGGGACUUCCGGGGUGGGCUGAGGAGGAGGUUGCGUGAGGAAGAGGAAGGUGUUUGGGUAUGGACUGGAUUGGUCGGGCUUUACCUCUUCUUGUUUUGCAUUACUAUCUAUCAAAUCACUUACAGAAGAGAGAGAGAGAUCUUAAUCUUGCGGCGAAUACGUAUAUACUCCCUUUGUUGGCAGGAUUUUUGGCAGGCUGGAUACUGAGCUGGUGUUGUGUUUUUUUUUGCAUGAGAACAAAUCUUUUUUAGUAACUUUUUUGCUGCUUGGAUGGAUGUGAAAGCUAAUUUUGGUUAAUGGAUGGAUAGGAUGGGAUGGGAUAGGAUGGGAUGGAUGGCGUUGAGUUGGUGUGUAGGUAGAAAGAAAGGAGGAGAAAGAAAGAAAGAAAGAAGGAAUUGGAUAUGUGUAUGUACGGUAAGGUGAGAUAAGGAAUGUGUAUCUAGAUAAAAGGAAAUUCUUGUCUCUGUGUCUAAGAGAGAGGAGGAGGGAGACAAGGGAGUUAACUCCUACUAAAGGGAAUUGUAGUCUUUUAAGACAGAUAGUACUAGUACUUUCUUUUUAUCU